AUUGUGCCGUGGGCAGCAGUCCCGGGGCGGACUCUAGGGAGUCAGAGAGGUCCCCCUCCCGGCUUCCAGAAACCGAGAGGGCCAGGGACCGAUUGGCCUUGAAGGCAGUGACGUCAGGAUCCCAGAGCGCGAAACCGCGGAGGGAUUGAGGGGGUGAGAAAAAGGAGGGCGGGGCCUCGCUUCCUGCCCCAUCCGCUGCAGCGAUAGCGGCACAGACAGCGGCGGAGACUGGCAAGCUGGCGGAAGGGUCAAAAGAGACUCAGGAGAGCCCCUGCACGAGUCGGUACCCCCAGCCGCGCUCCAGUUCUUUGUACCCCAGCCAGUGGAGUCCUCUUCCCCAGCUUCGGGCUCGCAGCCACUGCAGCGGGGACGCCCCCCGCUCUCUUCGCGAGAACGAAGACGCGCGUGCGCAGCACGAGAAGGGAGUGGGCUAGAGUCUGAGACCCCAGGCCUGGGGGCGGGACGCGUGCGCAGACCGAGGGGCUGGGGGAGGCGGGGCGAGCUGCUGGGGUCCCCCGGUGCUGCUGAGAGCGCGCCCCCCUGCCCCGCCUCCGUACGAACCCCCGCGCUCCGGCCGGGUCAGGCCGGGCCAUGGCGUUCCUCUCGGGCCCGCGGCUGCUGGACUGGGCCAGCUCGCCCCCACACCUGCAAUUCAACAAGUUCGUCCUGACGGGCUACCGGCCGGCCAGCAGCGGCUCUGGCUGCCUGCGCAGCCUCUUCUACCUGCACAACGAGUUAGGCAACAUCUACACCCACGGCUUGGCCCUCCUGGGUUUCCUGGUGCUGCUGCCCCUGACCAUGCCCUGGGGACAGCUGGGAGGGGGCGGCUGGCUGGGGGGAACACACUGUGUGGCCUGCCUGGCGCCCCCUGCAGGCUCUGUGCUCUACCACCUCUUCAUGUGCCACCGUGGGGGUAGCCCUGUCUACGCCCGGCUUCUUGCCCUCGACAUGUGUGGGGUCUGCCUCGUCAACACCCUCGGGGCCCUACCCAUCAUCCAUUGUACCUUGGCCUGUCGACCUUGGCUGCGUCCAGCAGCCCUGGUGGGCUAUACUCUCUUAUCUGGGUUGGCAGGCUGGCGAGCCCUCACUGCCCCCUCAACUAGUGCCCGGCUUCGGGCCUUUGGCUGGCAGGCAGGAGCACGACUGCUGGUGUUUGGGGCUCGAGGGAUGGGGCUGGGAGCAGGAGCCCCAGGAUCCCUGCCCUGCUAUCUUCGAAUGGACGCAUUAGCAUUGCUUGGGGGGCUAGUGAAUGUGGCCAGGCUGCCUGAACGCUGGGGGCCUGGUCGUUUUGACUACUGGGGUAAUUCCCAUCAAAUCAUGCAUCUGCUCAGUGUUGGCUCCAUCCUACAACUGCAUGCUGGUGUUGUACCUGAUCUGCUCUGGGCUGCCCGCCAUGCGUGUCCCACGGACUGAGCUGUUUUAAUCUGCAAAAUAAUGCUCCCAUUCCUUGAAGCUGUAGAAGGUUCCUUUUUUCCUUCAAGGCCCCCCAAAAUCUAUAGCCUUGUUUUUCCCUAGAUCUCCCUUUUCAGGUUCUGUGGAGCUUUCUCUUGUUGCCUAAUCACAAGCUCUUCUUUAGAGUACCAAAGGCUGUCAUUUGAAUUCCCUAAAUUUGUACUCUUUUCCUUCCUCAGGACUGUAGAGGGCUGUCCAGCUCUAUAGAAUUCAUUACUAUUUUCAUCUACUCCAGAAUAGGUUCUCACAGCCUGUCAUGUUUUAUAGAGCUAUUUCUCUGAUGAUGGCUCACCCCAAGAGGUAGUAUGAUGUGACUGAAUGACUGACAGCAUCAGGAAACAGUGGAUUAUAGUCCUCCACUAUUCUGCUGUCUUGUACUGUGACCUUAGACAAGUCAUAGGGCCUUAGGUCCCUUAUCUGUAAAAUGAGGGGCAAGCUAUAUGUUUUAUAAUUCUGAAGCUAAGCUUUCAUCUAGGUUUCCAACUCUAGAUGUCUGCAUAUUUGCCACCCCUUCUCAGAGCCAGUAAUCAGUAACUUUACCUGUUAUCUAAACCCCUUCUGUUCUUCACUAAAUUGGAUGGGGAGCAGUGAAGGACUCCCCAGCUCCUCCAGUAUCUGGUGGCCUUGAGCAUUUGCACAACUAAAGUCUCCUUCCCUGGCAUGCUAGCCCCUUAUAUUUAAUUUCGUACAAGCUCCACCUCUGAGAUUCUUCCCUUCCCUCUCUCCUCCUAAAACCUCCUAUACACACAAACAACCAUGGAAUUAAGGAUACCAAACACCAAGAUGUCUGCUUCUUGCACAAGGCCUCUUUGCACAAGGAUUGGGCCAGGGUGGUCCCUGCAGAAGAAAAUUCAGCUUCUUACAAAGACUAUAACAACCACUCCUAAACUAGGGCAAAAGACUAGCUCUCUGGUCCAAGAAUUCAGGCUUUUUCUACUCUGCAUAAGAUGGAUCCAGAGGGUUUUUAAAUGCCCAAGCAAACUUUAAGUCUCACCUGUGGACUGAAACUGCCCAGGUCUAAACUCCAGCACUUUUUGCCUAAGGAUGGUGCUCUUUGACUGUUGGACUUGUAAGACUUGGAAACCUCUCAAUUCCUGAUAAAGAUGCAACUCCAAUCUGCAGUCUUCUUGUAUGAGGAUGCUGGCCUUUUGGAACAGGAAUGUCUCCCACCCUAGACCUUAUCUUUAGGGUUGGUAGAACUAAGGAUAAAUCAAUAAAUGGAGCAGGAUGAGCUGAUCAGGAAA